GUGGGCUGCGGUGCGCGGCAAGACGAUGGCGGCUGCUGGCAGUGAUCCGCGGGCUGGCGACGUAGAGGAGGACGCCUCACAGCUCAUCUUUCCCAAAGAGUUUGAAACAGCUGAGACACUUCUAAAUUCAGAAGUUCAUAUGCUUCUGGAGCAUCGAAAGCAACAAAAUGAGAGUGCAGAGGAUGAACAGGAACUUUCUGAGGUCUUCAUGAAAACUUUAAACUACACAGCCCGUUUCAGUCGUUUCAAAAACAGAGAGACCAUUGCCAGUGUACGUAGCUUGCUGCUCCAGAAGAAGCUUCAUAAGUUUGAGUUGGCCUGUUUAGCCAACCUUUGUCCAGAGACUGCUGAGGAGUCCAAGGCUCUGAUCCCAAGCCUGGAGGGGCGGUUUGAAGACGAGGAGCUGCAGCAGAUUCUUGAUGACAUCCAGACCAAGCGCAGCUUUCAGUACUGAUCUCCAGGCGUCCCUGCUGCCGGGGGAGCCACGUCACACCCCGGCGCGGCACCGCUCGCCCAGCACCCAGGGCUGCCGUGCACGGAAAGUCUGUUGCACGAGACACCUGGGCUCCCUCUGGACAGAGCGACCCAGUGCUUGGUCUUGGUUUAGGUUGCUCUUUCCAGCUCGACUGUGGGACGCCGCUGACCCGCGUAACCUUGGCGAGGCCUGGCCGCGGCUGCCCGCGCUGGCCUCUGGGGAGGGUGAGGCGGGGCGACGUGCGUCUCGGCCACGCCGCUGGCCGCCUCACGUCACGGUCUUUGGCCCUGGUGUUAUUUUUGAUUCCUAAUAUUUCAUGUUUUAAUUUCAGUGUGUUCGUUGUUUUUGAAGCUGUACUAGAACAUGUAAAACUGGUAUGGGAAACAGUCUCACCUAAAUGCAAAAGGAGCAAUUAAACGAGACCUGUAUCGUUGUUUGAGAUUCUUAAAGAGAGGAUGAUAGCGCCUUGGCGUCAUUGUGCUUAACCCAGGAGACAGGGAAGAGGCUGCCGCCAAGAGUAGUUACACGUGCGGGUGACUGCUGAGCGCCGUGGGGCACAUCGCCGUGAGAUGGACAAGUUCUGGGCCUUUCUUCCUGGGUUGCUGCGCAGCAUAGAUUUGGAGUAAGUGGUCUUUAAGCACUUACUUUGUCACUCCCAAAUUCAGAUUUUUCCUUCCUGGGCCACAUGUGAAGGAGUGAGCACUUCACAGUGUCCUCAUAUGGGGCAUCGGGUCCAAACCUCUGGCCUCCUGCUUAGCAGCAGGUGUUCUGCGAUGGAGGAGACGUGGAAGGAGGGAGCCUGCCACCUCCCGAGCCACUACGGUGGCGUCACUCCAUCUGAGGCUAGUUGCGGAGAAAACACUUGAAUUACUAAACACUGUGGCUCUGAAUUUUCUGAAGGGAAAUAUGCCUGUUUUCUUCACAGUUUGGGGAUUUUUCUUUGAGGCACUUGUUGGCUCCAAGUGAAUUCAUGGUCCAGAGAAAAGGCUGGGGAAAGAACAAAGUUGGCUUUAAAAGUCAAGGUCGUGGGGCUUCCCCGGUGGCGCAGUGGCUAGGAAUCCGCCUGCCAAUGCAGGGGACACGGGUUCGUGCCCCGGUCCGGGAAGAUCCCACAUGCCGCAGAGCGGCUAGGCCCGUGAGCCACAACUACUGAGCCUGCGCGUCUGGAGCCUGUGCUCCACAACAAGAGAGGCCGCGACAGUGAGAGGCCCGCGCACCGCGAUGAAGAGUGGCCCCCGCUUGCCACAACUGGAGAAAGCCCUCGCACAGAAACUAAGACCCAACACAGCCAAAAAUAAAUAAAUUAAUUAAAAAAAAAAUAAAAAAAUAAAAAAAAUAAAGUUCUUCUGAUAUUCACUGAGUACUUACCAUUACCAAGCUUUGUUUCCUUCUAACAUGUACCGGCUGAUUUAUUCUUUAAAAAAAU